AUGAGUAACACACAACCUGAAGUUGAUCGUCGCGGACACAUUAAAAAAUUGGUCGAAAUGUUUGAAUUAGAAUGUAUCGAUUCUCUUAGUAAACAAAUGGCUAAACUUCAUAACGAUAUUAAUUUUUCAUUAUUAUCAGAUGAAGAUAAAUUAAUGUUUUAUAAACAUAUUCAUAAUGAGUACAAACAAUGUCAAAAACAGAAAAAAGAAUUAAAUUUAUUUGUCAAUACAAAAUUGAAAAUAAUCGAUAAUAUACUUGAACAAUCACAAAACUUUGAUAAUUUACGAAUUCAACUUCAAAAUGCACAAGAAACUGAAGAGAGACAAAUUCAAUUAUAUGAAAAUGUUUUGUUUGAACUAAAUAAAAGUUCAAAUGAGACGAAUUAUGAUAAAUUAAUCGAACAAACUGAACAACUUAUUCAAUUAAAAAACAAAACUUUAAAAUAUAGUAAAGAAAAUGUUGACAGUUUUAAAACAUUAUUAUAA